GAGACUUAUCUCCGUGCCUACUGUGCCUACCUGCAAGAUGACUGGGAGGAAUGGCUCCCUCUUGCCGAGUUCGCUCAUAACAAUCAUGAUUCAGAAACAACAGGGAUGUCCCCCUUCUUUGCUAACUAUGGCUUCCACCCCCGGAUGGGUAUGGAGUUCCCUGUCUCGCCCCCCAAAGAUGAACCGGCCGCCAACUUUGUGCGGAGACUGCUCGAAAUCCACCAGAGACUGCAAGAAGAGAUGCACUACGCCCAGGCCAAGUAUGAGGACUCUGCUAACCGACGACGAACCCCCGCACCUCGCUACCAAGUUGGGGACGAAGUCUGGUUAAGUAGUAAGAACAUUACCACCCGCCGACCUACCAAGAAGCUUGAUUCUCUAUGGCUGGGUCCUUACCCUAUUGUACAGGUGGUUAGUCCACUAGUCUAUAAGCUCGAAUUACCUUCAACGAUGAGAAUGCGCCCUGUUUUCCAUACUAAUCUCCUCCGCCCUGCCGCCACGGAUCCGCUUACCGGCCAACGGCCUGAGAAUCCAGGCCCCGUGAUUGUCGAUAACCAGGUAGUUUACCGGGUUGACGAGAUACUUGAUUCGAGGAGGCACUACGGCCACAUUCAAUACCUGGUAAAAUGGAGCGGUUGGGAUAUUAAGGAUGCAACGUGGGAACCCAUAGAGCAUGUCGAUGGAUUAGACGCGCAGAAGGAGUUCCAUGAGAGUUACCCCGAUAAACCUGCACCUGCACCAGCACUGCGCCGUUCAGCUCGCAGGAGCUCGCGGCUUGAAAGGGGGGCUUUGACCACGUUCGACAGAGCCAGCAAGGUAGCAGAAACGGCGCAAGUUGCUCAUAUUGAUGAUAUCAAUCAAGCCUCCAAUCGCGAGGUCUGA